AUGGUGGCUGCGUCGACAUCAUAUAUACGAGAAGCAUCAGCGACGGCACUGAACCUCUCGAAGCGCAUGGAAAAUAUACUCCGAAACUCGCCGUCCCGAGGUAUUUUCUUGGCGCAUCACGAGCUCCACAGCUCGCGUGAGGCCGAUAAUGAAGCUUCGUCAUUUACGUUAAAAGGGUUACAGGAAAAAUACCUUGAUGCUACUCCGGAGGUGGCGGUUGCCUCAUUGGUCUCCUACGGUGUCUCGGAAGGUCAGGCGACACGUGGAGGAAAGCUCAAGGUCAAGCUCGUUCCGAGUGGUCGAUGGGCAGACAGUCAGACUGAGACUGUCGAACUUGUUCACGCAGAGAUAACUCCGAGAGUGGUGACAACCCAGGAGGCCCUAGAUGGAGUGGGUACCUUCGUGGGAAGCGCUAUUUGCACGCCAAGGGUGCCCCCAGGGAAGGCCCGAAUUUGGGACUACGGAUUAGUCGUUGGUUAUGACUGGGAUGAAGAGUCGCUUCGAGGAACCCUUGAUGUUAACUUUGACGGGGUCGAACUACAGGUUGCACAUAAGCCAAACUCGAUUCAGGAUGUUGCUGUUGAGAUUUAUGUGUUGCGGCCUUGUGGUGGUCGUGGCGUGGGUCUGAUUAUGCCACUUGAACUCAAGCAGAGACACGAGAAGAUCUACAACAAGUUUAACGGAGUUGGCCAGCCGGCUGUUCGGGACUCGACAGCUCUGCUCGCUGAAGUUGGCAGCACUCCCAUCGAUGAGUCAAAACUGGUGCCACUCCUUGAUGUUACAAGUUUCAAAGUGUAUCAAGUGACCAUUCAACACAUCCUUGAUUACGUCUACUACAAAGACGGAAAGCGCACGGCACCACCCGAAAUUAAAUUAGGCGAUAGCAUUUUCAACUUACCCAGCGAAGACGACAACAGUCAGGACCGGUCCAGAUCGAAUCGGCGUGAGCUAAAUCCGCAGAGCGAACCUGUGUUCAGUGAUGGUCUUAGUGACUCGGAGGACGAUAGCGAGCCCCAGGGGUCGGUGCGACUGGACAGGCCUCCAGCGGGGUCGGCGUCAAAACGCAGACGUGUGAACAGCGCUGCCAACACCGGCAGCUGCGCUGAAGAUCGUGUGCAGCGACGUGGGGCUCGUUGUGAUGGAGAUGGACAGCUACAGAAAGAUGUCGAUCAAUUAAUCUCGCUACAUCGAACAGUGCCAGUUGUCGAUCCAACCGCGGUUUGGCGACCGCAUAUAGCGGAGACUCAAGACAAGUGUCAAUUCCAGCCAACUGGAACACAAACAGGAAUAUAUCACUCUCUCAUCAACGCAGGGGUCAAGUCGCAUUUCAGUAUUGCUCAAGAGUCUUUCAUGCGAGUCCAUCAGUUUAUAAUGAGGCAAGAGCUACACCCUACACGGGGACAAGCUGCGUUUUCCGACGGUCAACGUGGCCAACCUCCCGCGGCAAAACGACCAGGCAAGUUCGAGAAGCGCCCCUCACGCUCAAUUCCUCUGGAGAUCCGAAAGGCCCUUCCUAAACAAGGCGGAAAAGAGAUCUGCCUUCGUUUCCUUUCCAAGGAAGGGUGUCGAGGCGAAAACGGAGCCUGUGUCGACACAAAUCGCUGCCAUUUUAAGCCAGCAGUAUUACCUCAGGCGGUUCGUGAAUUUAUCGCUAAGAAAUUUGGAGGAAUAUCAAGCGACAUGCAGUGA